AUGUCUUUGAGCGACAGCGUCUCAACCCUCGAUCUUGGUCCAGCCUUUCUCGCAUCUGACCUAUCACCGGACGACGAUAACUCUUCUGCACUCAACAUAGAUAUUGAAAUGGACCCCUCUCCAGCCGAUUAUCCAAUCACGCAGGCUUCGGACGAUUCGGACUGGAAUUUGAUGCAAGACCCUUCAGAAACCGAUGAAGUUGAUACGACCCAUUCUGCGACCCUCUUAGAACUUGCACCGGUUCCCCUGCUUGACACUCUCCCCGAUUUAGACCUCCUGCCCAACAUCAGCAACAUUGAAUCCGAAUCAAACUCAGCUUGGUCUUCUGGAGGUAGCACUCUGGUUGAAGACGACCCCGAAAAUGAGUAUGAAAAUGUCGACUGGGAAGCCGAGUCGGCAAGAUAUUCUUGGGUUUCCUCUGGUGAAGGUCAAUGGGAAGUGAUUUCCUCUGAGGGCCAUAAUGCGCUCUCGAUCGCCGAAGCUAUGUCAUCUGAUGAUGAAUCCCGGAUGGACACGAGUUACAGCACGCCAUCUACUCGCCGCCGCCGGUUUACAAAUAGGCGGCCUCGACAGCCAACCCUUCGCGAGGCGCGAAGAGGUAAUGGAUACGAUGAGCUCCAUAUUCGAGAUAACAGUUAUGGGAACAAUUUCGAAUUUUCUGAGGCGAGCUCAUCAAGAGUCAAGGCACAUGCACCCUCACACCCCCGAUAUCAAACUCACAGAGAAAGCGAGGUUGAACUCGCUCAUAUGAACCCUUUGCACUGUUCAGGCUGCAACGAAUCACACGCCGCGUCUCUCUUUUCUCCGCCUCAACAAAGCGAACAUCCUAUGAGACGAUUAUGCAUUGGUUAUGAAGGCUAUUAUACCGUGUGCCCUCACCUUAGGCUCUCUUACGCAAAUAUCCGGGACUGGGCCGCCAAAGGUCAAGGUCAUGGUUCGGGCUACACUGUAGAGUGCGAGGACCCUUUUUGCCAUUUUUACGACGCAAAGAUACGAUAUCGUCGCUCUGAGACGUAUGGAGAUGAGAUCAUAGUAAUGUGGAGUGCAUUCCCUGAAGCCCGCGAGACGAGGCGGUAUAGAUCUCCUCAAGAUAAGUUCUUGGAUGAUUGCGUGGCGAAGCUUACGGACAUCUACACGUACUGUCCAGGAGCCUUUUGCCCGCAUCUACAAAUGUCAUUCCAAGAGGCUGUGAAUCUCAAUGGCCUGAGAGAGUCGGCAACCCCUCGUGAUUGGGUUUGCCUGACGGGGACUUUCGUUCGCUGGGCCAUGGACCUGUCUCUUUCUUCGAUAGAGUCAGAAUUCUGCCGGGAACGACAGCGGCAGAUCCCGACUGGAUUAGCACAUUGGAUCCAAAUAGUUAUCGGGUGCCGUGACGAUAACUGUUAUGAGUGGUUCAUUGGGACUUGA